UUCUUCUAAAAUGGAGGAAUUUAAUUAUCUCUAUGUCAAACCGUACUGUCGCAUUCAUUCUUAUUUGGUCGGACUUGUCAUUGGAUAUCUUAUGCACAGGAGAGCGUUUAGAGCCAAACAACUGAGUUGGGUGAGCAUGAUCUCUUUGAGAUAUGUUUAACUCGUAUAUAGAAAUUACUGAUGGUUCAGUUUAGGUUCCUCAUCCACCAAUAAAUUCUGGUUUCUAUAUGGUUGUAACAGUCAUAAAGAUUGAGUCACGAUCUUUUUCAUCAGCCGAAAUACAACAUUUUAGAACUGAAAAUACGUGGAGUGAUACAGCUAGAGAAUGCUUAUGAUUUAUAUGCGAUUUACAGGUAUAAGCUAUUAUAAACUGGCCGUUGGGAAAGAUCGUUACUCCAUUUUUACGACCAUUACGAUUUACGAUCAUAUGGAAACCAGGCUCAACAUUAGGUUUCCUCAUGCACCAUGAUAUUGCCUUUGUUUUUAAAAAAAUGCCAACUUUUAUUUUUCAGCCGCUUGCUGUUAUUUUCUGGUUUAUUACCGUUGCCAUUGCAUUGUCUGUUACCUUUGGACCCUUCACAGCAUUCCAUGAGGACGCACGACCAUGGACAAUGUCUGAAAAAAUAUUGUACAAUACAACAAGACACUUAGCUUGGGGUAUUGUUCUGGCUUGGGUGACUUAUGCUUGUGAAUACGGUUAUGGAGGUGAGUGUGGUCCGAUAUGUUGCAGCCCCCUAAUUUUGAUGUUCUACUUCAUUUAAAAAUCGGGAAAUUUCACUAAAAGGUCUGGCUACAAAAUUGGGAAUUAAAAUGGGGGAAAACGAGAAAGAAAUAUUUAACGUUUUGAAAACGUCUGAGUAGAUUUCCUCAUUUUUUUUUAUAUUUCGAGCAAUUUCCAUCAAUGUCGCGGAAAAAUUGUGCUCCCCUAAUCUUUUCCAUUCCGUAGGCCCAUAUGGUCACUUCGAUGUGUAACAUUACACAUUUAGUGUCAGAUCAAACUGACGUGAUAUAUUUCUCUCUGUAGGUUAUGUCCAAGAUUUUCUAUCAGCAAGAUUUUGGAUUCCCCUAGGUCGUCUGACGUAUUCUACAUACUUAGUACAUUGCGUAUUGAUAAACGUCAUGUACUUUGGCUACAGAUCGGGUUUGCUUUUCUCAACGCAGUGGUGGGUAAGUAAACGCAAAUUUCAUAAUUUUUUAGUGGUCGAUCCAGGAAUGUUUCUUUGGUGUGCGGGGGGGGGGGAGGAGUAUUUCAAGAGCAGACAAAUCCACUGAACCUGCAUAUGCUAACACCAUACUGCCAUGAAAGCGCACGUAUAGUACUUCCGCAGGUACAAUUUAUAGAUAUAUUGAUAAUAAAAUAUAUUUUAAUAAAUAUUAAAAGCAUAUUUACCGAUUCUCUUGAUAUACUGUGAUUGUGUGAAAGAGAAUAUGAGAAUUUUUUCACAUUUGAAAAUUUGAUUGCUUUUCUAUUUUCUAUUUAACAUAUAAACAAGAUUUUGCCGUUGUCUGUUCAGUUAUAGAUUAUAUGUUACCGAAAAGAAAAUGUGAAGAAAAGGAUAAAUGUUUCAUUUAUAAAAGCUCAAUCAAUGGAAGUCUCAACACGCGGAUGGGAUAAACCAAUUACAGAGGUGCAUUCAUAGGGGUGCACAGGUGUUUGCACUCCUGUUGGCCUUCUUCAACAGGGUGCAAAAAAUUAAUCAAACUAUUAAAUGUUUGAGGUAUAUCAGUCUUAAUUUGAACUAGUGCUGUGGUGCCUGAUAACAGACUUUGAAUACCUCAACUAUUGAAAAGUAAGAUCAAUCUAAUUUUUUGCACCCUGAUGAUGAAGGCGAACACGGGUGCACACACCUGUGCACCCUUAAAAAUGCACCACUGUAAUUGGUUUACCCCAUUUGCGUGUUGAGAUUUCCAAUGAUUGAAGCUUUUAUAACUGAAGCAGUUAUCCUGUCUUUUACUUUUCCAUUUCUGUAACAUCAGUGUUGCCCAAGGCUAACACGGGUGCACAGAACUGUGUACACCUGCAAAUCCACUACUGUAAUUAUUUUACCCAAUUUGCAGGCCGGGAAUUCGCAAUGAUUUUCAUGUUGCCUAAGAUGGGCAAAAUUGCGAGUAAUGAAUUUAUUUAAACGCCCAGUUAUCUGUACUAUGACUAGUGACUACCAUAAUUUUGAAAUGACAUGUGGUCCAAUUACCUAUCAUUGGGACAAACAUCGGACUCUCCGUCCCACGCCCCUUUUCAAUUUGGGUCUCAGAAUUUUGCUUGGGUGUGUUAUCGGGUAAUCAACAUUGAAUGGGAAGGGAAAUAUUAAUUUUGGAAUAAUUUGCAUUCAUCUAUUCACUGAUGAUCUGAAACCACAAGUGUCCGACAACUUUUGAAAAUGUUUGUGGCAAAAUAACGGUAAUUAGCAGAUGCGUAUAAAUCAAACGAUUAUUUCACGCCUGGCAAAAAGUAGUCCAAAAUCGCCAGGCGUAUUGUUACUUUUUAAAUUUUCAUCCUCAUUGUGCGAAAUUUUCCACAAUCAUAGAACAUAUCAUUCUUACAAAUCGUGUCUUUUUUGUUUUUGGAUUUUUUAUUUUUUGGCGGGAAAAUGACGUCACAAACUUGGCGCCAAAAAUGUAAAAAUUAGCAAUUACAAAUAUAAUUUAUUUAUUUGGAAGACCAUGAUGUAGCAAUCUUGAAACUGAAGUCUGUUUCGAAGUACGACCAGUCACUGCAAAGAUAGAGUGAUUCAAAUUUCGAAAAAUCCGCCAUUUUGUUCUAUUUUUAGUAACAAAAUGGCCGAUUUAUCGAACUUUGAACCAGUCUAUCUUUGCAGCGAAUGGUCGUAUUUCGAAAUAGACUUCAGUUUCAAGAUUGCUACGGCAUGGUCUUCCAAAUAAAUAAAUAAUAUUAGUCAUUGCUAAUUUUUAAAUUUUUGGCGCCAAGUUUGUGACGUCAUUUUCCCGCCAAAAAAUAAAAAAUCCAAAAACUAAAACGACACGAUUUGUAAGAAUGAUAUGUUCUAUGUUUAUGGAAAAUUUCGUACAAUCAGGAUGAAAAUUUAAAAACUUGCAACACCUCUGGCUUUUGCCAGGCAUGUUUGGUGUAACAGCUUCCUCUACAGGCAAAAACUGGCCAAGAAAAAUAACUUAGUUAUUUCAAAAAUCCGUGCUGAAAUUAAUUAAGAUAUUCUGUCUUUUUUGUUGUAGGCGUAUAUUUAUUGUGCAGCUUUGUUGUUGUCUCAUGGUUUUGCCUUCAUCCUUGUCAUAACCGUUGAAUAUCCUUGCGCAAACCUGGAGAAACUUCUCUUCAGAAAGGAGAACAGGAAAGAUCAGAAAUAAUUAUAAUUAAUGUAUUUAAAUUAACGUUGUAUUCCAGCUUGUUUACCUUUCCUUUUUGUCAAAAAACCCCAAUAUUUUAUAAAGCUAGCUACAUAUAAUUUAAUUGGUUUUAUUAUAUACCAAUGGUAAAAGUCGUGUUUUUCUAGUGUUUUAUUGGUCGAGAGCAUAUAACGUGAAAGUGACGAAAUUAGCUAUACACUGUCUCCCUCGCAACAGCGCGAGAUGGAAACAAUAUGCAAUCGACCAACGAAUAACGAAAACAAAUCACGUGCGUCAUCACGUGAAGGUGCGACCAUGCCUGGAAUUUAUUAAAAUUUCGCUUUAAGUAACUGCAGUGUUUAAUUUAACGUUUUAACAAUAAAAUAUUUCAUGAAGCUGCUUUUGAUCAAAAUAAGUCGAUUUAUUUCGAAAACCAAGCAAGAUGUAAAAUAUUUGUAAGGGAAGUUUAUAUAUAAUUUUAAACGUUCUUUGAAACAUGAAAAAUUUAAUACAUAUUGCCAUAUCUCUUUAAAACGGAAAUUGUUGCGUAAAAAUAUGGAAUCAUGCAAAUAUAAGCAGACCAAACCAAAUAAACCGCAUUCAAGAGUGGAAGCGGAAAAAAGUGAAAAUGAUGAUUUUGUCAGCUAUCACGAACGAAGAGAACAAAAUCCUUGUAAUAUAGACUGUUAGUUCCUCAAUGAAAUGGGAUAGCAUCUCGUCUGUGGAGAAAUAUGAUCGCUAACUGUAGUCGGUGCAUGGUAUUCUGACAGACAAAUAUACUGAAAGACAAAAAAGGGUAGUGAGCCAGACAAUGUACGAAUUGGCAUGGUUGCAUGCUAAUCCAAUUUAGAGCAAUGGAGUAUGCUCCAAGUGCCAACUUGGGCUCGUCCAUAAAAUCGGAAUAUUUCGUAGCAUUGUAUUAAGACAUAAGAUUAGAUGAUGGCAACCGGGACACUAUCGUAUGAUUUAAAAUUUGCCAUAUAGAGAAGUGUAACUACUGUAUAUAUUGUCCGAGUAAAAGCUAUACGCACCAGGUAUGAAGUAUGUAAGAAGUUGCAAGCAACUUCGAGAUCCUAUUCGAGCAAGGGUAGUAACAUAAGACUUCACAUCAUUUCAGAUUUCCACGUUCUCAGAGAAAACAUAUAAAACGUAAAUGUCUUGCCAUUCGCUAAAAAUCUAGAAAAGGUCAGAAAAUAUCAGAUUCUCAUAACAAUAUGUUGUAUGCAGAGACUUAAAGGCAACUCCACCACUUCUAUGUGAUUGGACCGCGAGCAGUCCUUCAGGAGAAAGGAGGGUCUGGCGACAACACAUCAAGAAACGAAAUACGCGUUGCCCAGACAACACCAAAUUCCCAUUGGUCGAAAUCGAUGUGCCCGUCAAUCAAAUCUGACAUGUAUAGUGAUUAUGAUACAAAUAAUUUCCAGACUGAAUGUUGAUUUUAUAAAUAAACAUCAAAUUAACGGUUCCUAUAUUGGCGGAGCCAAAUUGACAGAAGCGAAAAGUGAGCAUAUUUCGUUUGUUUAGGUGUUGUCGACUGUCACUCCUUUCCCCUCACAUGCCCAGGAAACUAAGCCCGUGGAGAGGAAGGACUGUUCUCAGUGUACUACGGGAUCGGUGUUUGAUUGCGAAAGUUACUUUGACAAGGCUAAUUACGCUUGCAACAAAAACGAUGAAGAGAAGCUGCACUACUACUCAAUUAGUCCACAAAGGGAGAUCUGAUUGAAGAGGAGAGCUCCGAGAUCGUGAAAUUACUGAUCAGAGAUUAGCAUAAAAAAAACCUGUCGGAAAUGAAAGUAAACUCAGCUGUAAUUUUUGUAAUUCAAUAAAUUUCUUAGACCCAAUCAGGACCAGCUGCCAAAACUGAAAUAUAUAUCCUCUGGCAGGAAUAGAGCGAGAUGCCCCAAAAAUCUCGAUAUAUACCCAUACCCUCUCUACAAUGCAUGACAUGCAUAUAGCCUUUGGUAGACCGUAAAAAUAGAAAUAUAUUUCAGGCGACCAUGCCCUUUGGCAUGUGUUACUUUUAGGUACGAUACGUUGGAAUGACGGACCUUAUUGGUUAGAUACACGAAGCUGAAUAAAAUUUCAUUUUCCUGAAUGCUGGCUGUGAUGAAUCCGUUGUGAAUAAAUAUGCCUCCAAAACAUUUGAAGAUCAAUGCUUUAUCGAUAAAUGACGGAUUAUAUGCAAAUUACUAUACAAGCAGAAUUCAUUAUGUACCUAACUACUGUCAAUAGAGGAUUUGUAAUUCCAAGCGAGAGCUUAUUUACUUAGGUACAUUGAUUUCUUUUCACGAGAAUGCUUUCUAAUCGAUAUGGUGCUAUAUCAAAUCAAAUUAUGUUUUGAAUGAUGUAUCUUCUUUUCAUUGUAGAUGCCUUGUCGUUUUCGUCUUACCCACAGAAUGACUGCGCCCAAUAUCAGAAGUAUGAUAAACAUGAUGACUGUGAUGGACAAAGCAAGUACUGUUGGCGUAAUAUUUCUGACUUAAAAAAAGGACAAAUAAAUUGGAAAAUAUGUUUGCUCGCGCAACCGGAAACUCGACAUCUAGGUAAUGUUUAUUCAAAUUAAAAUGACAAGGACACGAACACAUCCGCCGAUUAUGGAAAAGAAAGCAAUAGGUAACGCCAAAAAAACAUACAGGCUAUAGUAAGUUAAAGGAUGAAAAAUAGUCGAGAAUGAACACAUUGAAUGAAGGUGUAGGUGCAGCACGAUCGAGUGAAUAAAUCUUCAGCAACCGUUAAAUUAAUUUGUUUCUUAUUUUAAAUCCAAAGGAAAUGAGAAUGAAAAAUAUUUACACGGCCGACGCACACUCAUUACUGCCAUUUGUCGUUUGUUAAAUUGUUUACAUUUCGAACCUACACAUGAUUUUACACUGAAAGCGAAAGAUUUAUACCCACAUAGUUUUGGUAGUUAAAUAUUUUUAUUUGAUCUAAUACAUCCUUUUUGGCACUUAUAAAGAUUAUCGGCUGGUCCUACCAACGUGUA